GUGAGACAUUCCGAAAAGAGUGGUGAUGCUGUUCCAGUCUCCCUGUCCGGUGCGGUGACCGACGUGGCGCUUGCACCGCAGCCGCGAGGGACGUUUUCCAAACGCCCAAGCCGCAUGCACCCAUCACAUCCCUCCAGCCACCCGAUACCAGAGUGGACAGGAGGUUGCGCAGCACCAGUCGGGCGGGGAGAGAAGCAGGAAGUGAUUUUCGGGACGAGGUACCUUCGGGUGACAUGCGUGCGUCCAUACCUACACGAUUGGCCCUAGAUAUCCCACCACACCUUGAAGCUGCAAGAACCCCCUUCCCCCUCCUUCUCUCAAGUGCUCACCCCAAACUGGUCCCCAGCCCCACACACGAGCGCCUCCCUUGAGGUUCAUUUGAUGUCAUAGCCGUUGAGCCACAGAAAACCCCCGGCUCCAACAAGGCUGAGAACAGCCCAGGGGAGUUCGAGUUCGAUCACGGACCACACCCAGAGACACCCGAGAGAAGGCGCCUGCUUCAUGACUGCCAGAUACCCGAACAUAUUCGUAAUAUGAAUCAUGUAGCAGCCGGCGCAUAUGCUGCAAACGAAAAAGACGGACUGCCUCAGGACCGACUGAUAUCGCAAGGGUAGGCCAGGUACGAGCGUCGGUUUCGAUGGGUGAGGGUGGAGGGUAUAAACCAGUAAUCCGAAGACUGGAUGGUGAACUGCGUCAGCGCGGCCGAUCCGGGUGGCAAGAGAAAGAAAUGGCACACAUACCAAGAAGAGCCUGGAAGAACCUCGUCCAGACCGUGGGCCAUACCACACGGUCAGCCGAAUACUGGUGCUGGACCAGCACAUCGAGUGUAAAGUGCAGCAUUGACAGACAUAAAGCCCAGAGCAUCGUCUCGAGAAUGCGCUCGGCGGUCGGAGACAAGCCUUUCUCCUCAUCCUCUUCGUCGUCCUCUUCGUCAUCCUCGCUGCUGCUGCUCCCAUCAACAGUCCCGGACUCUCCGGUUUUCUUCCUCAGCGCAUUUUGUCGCUUCUCGGCCUCGGCAAAGAGAUUCCUCUCCUGGGCAAUCUCCAGCAGCGUCUUCUCCUUGGGGCCCGAUCGGUCAGGUUGCCUGAGUCUGACCUUGGUGACGGGAUCUUUCCGUUGUCUUGCCAUUGUCGUCGAGGUCCAGGGAGAAGAAAGACGAGAAGCAAAGAACGCGCGAGCGUGUUUCGCGGCGCUAGUACAUAUUAAUUAAAUACAGCAAUCACUUCCCAGAAGCUUGGCUGCAGCUCCACUGGAGCUCUUGUUGCUGCGCCGCCGUAGUGGGGGACCACGAGCGAAUGGAGGGGCAGCUCCCUGUGCACGCAUCAAACCCUUCUGGCCGGUAAAAACAGAGAUGAGUCUUUUCAUAGCCAUAGCUCUCUAUUCUCCAACUUUGAGUACGGCAUACCUACACAAGGCUUCUGUGGUUCCUUUUUACGGGACAGGGCUUGGUAACGACGUGAUGUGAGCUUCAUUAUCCGCAGGUCCACUGAACUUGAUGAGGACCAGGGGAACCUUGCCAAUCGCAAAAGUGGCGCCUGAUGCAUCUUCCACGAAAACAUUGUUUCUCUCGGACCGGUUGUCCCUUGCAGUAACAGCCCAAGAAAUUUCCGACCCGCCUCCUCUUUGAACCGCUUCGCUUUUCGGCCCCUGCUUGACUGUGCGCCCGAUUUCGACAAGACGAACGAUUGGGGACGAUAUCGCCGUCGAGCUGGGGCAAAUCAAGAUGGAGUUGCUCACCAUCUUCGCCGUAUUGGCUGUCGUGCUCCCGUCACUUUACAUAUACACCGCCUCUGUGGUCUCGACGCGGUUUCCAAAGUUGGAGAACAAGAGCAUCUGUCUUCUGAUUGCGCACCCGGACGAUGAGGCCAUGUUCUUUGCCCCCACAGUUCUCGCCCUUACGCGGCCUGAAAUUGGCAAUCAUGUCAAGAUUCUCUGCUUGAGUAGUGGUGAUGCGGAUGGCUUGGGGGAGACCCGAAAGAAAGAGCUGGCCAAAUCUGGUGUGGUCCUCGGCUUGCGGUCCACCAGUGAUGUUUUUGUGGUCGAGAAGCCCGAGUUCCGCGACAGCAUGACCACGACCUGGGAUGCGGGCAAGAUCUCGGACCUCCUUGUUUCUGCCUUUGCGCCUCAAUUGAACAAGUCAAAGGGUGCCUCAUCGCCCCCCACAGCCUCCAUAGAUGUGCUCAUUACCUUUGACGCCGGUGGUGUGUCAAGCCAUCCCAACCAUAUCUCGCUGUAUCAUGGCGCCAAGGAGUUUGUCGGUGCCCUCGUGGCGGGCAAGGGGGGAUGGGCAUCCCCCGUCGAUCUUUAUACUUUGACAACCGUCCCAAUAGCCCGCAAAUACUCUGCUUUUGUCGACGUCCUCCCUACCCUACUGAGCUGGGCAAUUGGUGCCGGCAAGAGGGAUAAAAAGCACCCCGGUGGGCUCGUGUUUCUCAAUGGUUUGGCUGGUCAUGGUAGCUUCACAACGGCGUGGAAAGCCAUGACUACGGCGCACAAGAGUCAGAUGGUGUGGUUCCGUUACGGCUGGAUCACUCUGAGCAGGUACAUGUACAUCAAUGAUCUCCGGCUGGAAAAGAUCAAGAGAAAAUAAGGUGAUGGCUGCCAGUCCCUGGACUAGCCAAGGAAGCACAUACAGCGUAGUUGAACUUGUAAUAAUAUCAUAAUUUCUCUACUACGUGACCCAGAUUUCUCAAGACUGCCACUCUCGGGCAGAAUGUA